UCAAAUAAAUAAAAAAUAACUCUCCACGCCAUGCCAACAUUUUUAAUUUGCCGCCUUUUCUAACGGCAAAAGUAACAUACAAAGCUAUUUUAGAUAAAAUGCCGGUUAUGUAGACGCAACGAAUUCAAUUAUUCGGACAAAUGCCGCAAUGUAUUGCAAACAUUUUCGAUUACCAUUAUCUUUUGAAGAGGUCAUAAAAGUAGGGCACUGUAUGUAGACAACAUUCGAUUUUGAGCCUUUUGCCUUUGAGCAUACUUUUCAUAACCUAUUUCACUCGAUGUAGGUCAGGAAAAUCAAUACUGAAUAAAAAACCGCCCCUCCCUGAGCUGUGCUCCGUAUUUUGACGUUUUCAGUACCGAAGUGACAGAUGACAGCUGACAGCCUGAAAUCCAGGAAUUCAGUUUUCAGUAUUGAUCGUAAUAGUUGCUAAAGUAUUAUUAGAACUGAAAAUAAACGGGUAACAGCCUUGAGCCCGUGCGCGACCGAUGCAACGUUUGAAAAUGGAAAGAAAAUUGUGUUAUAAUGAAAAGGCACUGUUCAGUGAGUAAAUGGCUACAAAAAACAUUACAUCUUUUGAAUUUUUGGAAGAAACUCAUCAAAAUAGUGCUUAAAAGUGAAAAGUGCAUCGAAAAUAUAAAAAAAAGGAACGAGGUCAAAGAAAAAAAUGUACUUUAAUUUAUUUCAACGGAAUUAUUAAAAAAAUACUAUAUUUUUUCAUGGAAUAGCAGUGUCAAGAACGUUUUUAAGCUAUUUACUAAAAUAAAAAAUGCAUAUGACUCUAAUCCAUCCGUCUACAGACAUAUCUCUAAGCCCGAGUUUGUAUAGCGGCCCAAAUAUAUUGGUUUUACCAAAUAUACAACUAGUUCCUGAGCUGGAAGAAACAACGUACACAUGUCCAAUAUGCAGUCACAUAUCCAUAUCCAUGGAACACUUCAAGCACCAUCUGCAGUCUGUUCAUCCCCGCAAUCAAUAUUUCUGUAAAAUAUGCCAUAGAAAGUAUAAAACAAUUAAGAACUUGAGGCGACACGAGAAGGCUCACCAUAGGACUGAUGAACCGCCCAUCAAAGACUUGAAAGAACCAGACAUACCGUGUCCUCAAUGUCCGAAAAAGCUUUCUACCCAGACUGCCUUAUACUGGCAUGUUGAGCGUAAUCAUACCGAUAAUGAAAAGACAAAUACUUGCCAAGUUUGCGGGAAGGAGUUGUCCGACCAAGCUCUGCUGAAAAGGCAUUUAGAAACAGUACAUUCUUUAGAAACUGCCACCUGCUCGAUUUGCAACAAAACUUUUAAGAGUGUCAUUAACAUGCAAAGACAUGUGGCUGUAACGCAUCCCCCUGAAGACGCCGAACAAACUUGUGAAAUUUGCAGUAAGACGUUCAAAUGUUCAACACACUUGCGAAUUCAUGUGAGGGCUGUACACUCAACGCAAACUCAAUUUAACUGUGAUAUAUGUAAUAAAGAAUUCUCUUUAAAAUCGUACUUGCUGAAACACAAAAAAACUCAUAUCGAUGUUAAGGAGGUCCAGUGCGAAAUCUGUUAUCAAGUUUAUAAAACUGUCGAUGACGCAAAAAGGCACGCGAAACGAGUGCAUAUGAAACCGGAGGAAUCCACGAAAAUGAAAACUCACAAAUGUGACAUUUGCGAAAAGGAGUUCACUCGCACCAAAUAUCUGUUUUUCCAUAAAAAGACACAUUUUGAAAAAACGUUUUCGUGUAAAUUCUGCCAUAAAUUAUUUAAAUGCAACAGCCAUGUGAAUAGGCAUACUAAACGAGUUCACACAAAGCCACGAGUGAAAAGAGCUGAUGCUAAUUUUUACUGUGACAUAUGUAACAAAGCAUUUAGCAAAAAGAAAAAUUUAGUAAAGCAUAUUCAAAUUCAUAUGAUUCUGAAAAAAGAGGCUCCCUGCGGAAUUUGUAACAAAUUAUUUAGAACCAAAAUUGAUGUUAACAGGCAUCUCAGAAGAAUUCAUAUGAAGGACAUGAAUAUAAAAGAAAUGAUCGAAAAAAAUAAAAAUAUGAAAAUAAAUACACAAGCAAAAAUUAAAAAGGAAGAAAUUUCAACUACAGAAAAUAUAGAUAAUUCCAUUGAAAAUGCGGAUUAUACAGAAGCACUAGCAAUUACUCACGUGUUUAAAGCUCCAGAAUUAACAGAUUACAGUGAUAAAAUCCCUACUGAAGAUUACAGAUUGGCAACACUUGGGAAUGUAGAAUACGUAGAAACACUACAAAGUACAGAAUGUGCAGAACAGAUUUUGACUGCAGAACACGCAGAAGAAAUAAAAACCUUGGGUAUAGAAUCAGCGUCAGACUUUAUCGAGGAUCACUAUGAAAGUGCUGAUAAAGCACUUCAAGGCACUUAUUCUAAACUAUCAGAAGGUUCGGAUGACAACAAAAAGCUCCCAGGAGAGACCUUCACAAGUGCUAAACACCUAAAUGCAGCAACUACGGAGGUCUUCAUUGAAAAUAACGACUCAAUAGAAGUUUUUGAAAAUGCAGAAUGUGAAAAUGAACAGAUGAACAAGAAAUCAAGCAGAAACACACAUAUUAUAGAGGCGGCUAUUGAAAGUUCUAGUUUUAAUAUGGAAGAAUUGAGAAUGAGAAAAGAUUAUGAACAAUCCAGUUUAAAUGACGAUAGGAAUGAGCCUCUUGGAAUCACAAAUUUACUAGCAGAUAUAACAGAUUUAACAGAUGUCGCUAAAAAUACACCUGUAUGUACAGAAUUGAGCGAAAAAAUUGGUAACAUAGAUAUUAUAAAGGCAGCUAUUGAUAUUUCAGAUUUUAGUAUGGAAGACCUUGGGAUUGAUACGCAAGACAUUGUUUAUACAGAAGUCGAAAAUAAAGUUUUCACAAGGACAGUGAUAAGUGAAGACAUACUUGAAAGUUUAGAGUCAACAGAAGACCUAGCAAAUAAUUUUAUAGAGGCAUUAGAAAUAGCAGAGUGCUCUGAGAAAACUCUUGGAAAUACAGAUAUUAUAAAAGACGCUAUUGACAGUUCAAAUUUCACUAUGGAAGAUCUUGGACUAACGGAAUAUACGGAGGAUCCCCUAGCUACAGAUUAUGCUAUUGAAGAUUUUGGAAUCACCGAAUGCGCAGAGCUGGAAAGUACAGAAUUUGAGGAAGAAACGCUCACAAGUACUGAUUUUAUAGACAAGGCUCUAAGCAGCACUGAUUUUGCAAAAGAUGGAAGUACAAUAAAGAAAACCAUUAAAAAUACCGAUUUGUUAGAAACUCUCUCAAGUACAGAGUUCGCUGAAGAUCAUAUUGAGUUAGAAGAUGUUCUUGGCAAUGAAUUCACAGACCAAGCUCUCGAAAGCACAUUUUUCAUUGAUGUCCUUGGCACAGAAUUAGCCAAGAAAGCUCCGACUAAGUUACCUGGAAAAGUUCUAAGUAGUAAAGAUAUUAUAGAGGCGCUUACAGGGACAGAUUUUAUAGAUGAUGCUAUAAGUACAGUGGCAGAGGCUGAUAAUAGCGAUUACGUAGAACAAGAGAGCGAAAAUAUUGAGUAUGCAAGUGAAAUUGAUGAUUUAGGUGUGUCAAAUAAAACUAUAGCAAAUACAGAUGUUACAAAGGAAGCCAUUGACAGCUCCGAUUUUACGAUUGAAGAUUUCGCCUGUACAGAUUAUGCCACAAACGAAAUGAAAGAGUAUACAGAAGCGGAUCUAAAGAGUAUUGAAAUUAAACUGUUGAAGUGUCUGAAGUGCGGCAUUGAUUUUGAAAAUGAUGUUGAUUUGCACACUCAUUUGUGCGGAGGCGAAAUGGCAUUAUUUCUCGAUUUCCCGGAAAUGUAGAUAUACUUCUAAAGUUGAAACUACUGCAGCUUUGCAAAAAAGAGUAGAAAUGGAGCUAUUGUUUUUUAUCAUAGCAACACACACAGGUGUCAGAAUAGUUGCCAAACGGUUUUGCGAUUUUCAUAGACGGUGGCGCCCCUAUAUUUUUCUAUUCGUUUUUGCCAGGAUGUUGUUGUUAGAAAGUUACCGAAAACUUUCGUAAAUGUCUGGUAUUUUUGUGUGUAGAAAAUUCUUCCAUUUCUAAAAAUGUCAAUUUUCGUAAUUUCAUGUAAUAGGCUAGUUUCCUAUACGUAAAAUAAAAUAUUUUAUGCAGUGCACGAAAUAAAGCACCACAUAAUUAUAAUAUGGACAGUAGGGAGUUAUGUUUAUACUUAAACAUAAUUUAUAUUUAAUAAGUCAAAGAUAAUGAUAAUUAUUAAGUAAAUGAAUUGACCGUGACGUUACUCCUCAGUAUUUCAUAGCAACUCCAUAUUAGCAAAUCGUUUUGACAGUUCUUAAAAAGAAGCUGAUUUGACUAGUAGGAAACUAGCCUAUUCUUAAGAACGUUUCCGACUCGUUCGAAACUUUGCAGUUUCCGCCUCUGUAGUUGUGAAAUUUGUAUCUGUUGUAUAUAAAAAGUUAAAAACAUAUGUAGGUACAAAAUAAACUCUGAACUUGGUUGUGGUUAAAAUACUUGAAAUAUUUAGGUAGGUAUGUAUUUUCAUUGGACAAUUACUAAAACCGUACGACUGAAAUGUAGCCUCUAAAUAGAUGUGAUGGAUGCUA